AUGUCUUAUUUUCCAAGAGCCGAUGAUUUUGCUCCUGCACCCGGAUACGACCAUACACCUGCUGGUCCUGACGACUUCAUAUUCAACCACGAUACUACACGAACAGUACCUCCUACUGAAGACAGUUUAUCGGAUACACCUUCAUUUCAUAACGAUUUUGAGGAUAUUAGGCCCUUUUCUUCGCCUAACAAAAAUUAUAUUUUUUCUACAAAAUACGAAAAGUUUCACGUGACUCCACAUCAUAGAGCCGAAAAUCAACAAUUCACCGCUCCUAUCAAACAUCUUCGAUAUAAGAAAAAAUUUAUUGAACCUUCAAAAGGUUACUAUACCUUUCCGAUCUCAUUUCCUGAAACUAAGACCGUACCUGCACCUGCUAUAGCGGAGACAAUUUGUAACGUUAGCUCUGUCGCAUCUAUAUCGAAUGGUAAUCCUAUAUCCUCAGUUAAUACCGACAAUUGGGAGAACAUACCUGAACAUUAUAUUCCGUUAAUUCCUCAAUCUGCAAUUUACGAAGGUGGUCGAUUGAAUCAACCUUCUCGUAUGAAAAUCUGGAAAAAGAAUUUACAACCACUUGCAGUUGGCAGUGAUGGUUGGUUAGCUCACAUGAAAGAAAUCUAUGAUCAUCAUGGAACGAUGACAAAAUAUGAACAAGAAAGAAUAAUUGCUAAAAUACAAUGGGAUACUACCCCGACCAAGGCGAAUACCGAAAGAAUCUAUGCAAUCUUGUAAUAGAAGUCACCGACGCUCAGUACAAUUACGAGACGAAAUUACUUGAAAUCUUAUCUGAAGUAAUACCCGAAUUACCAACCGUAUCUGGAUCACUCAAACAAAGUGAACGCAAAAAACGCGAAAAAUGACGAUUACAAAAAUUACAAGAAAUUGAACAGAAAAAAAGUGAAGAUACUAAAAUUUUAGAAGAGUUACGCUCUUGGGUUAACAUUUAUGAAGAUGCUUUUAUCGUCAACUACUAUAGGGAU